ACAAUGUGUCGGUGAAGAGAACACGUAGGGAUAUUUAUUACUUGUGCCUUUUUGUGUCAGAACUGCUGUAAUGGCAGGACUCUGGUGCUUCGGAUUGUUGGUCGUGAACUUCAUUGUACCGUGUGUACUGGGGACCGAAUCCACAACAGAACAAGGCAACAAUCUGGUGGACUUCUGGAUCAUUCGUUUUGUCAUUAAUCUUCUGGGAUAUGCCACUGUGUUUGUACCGGGUGCUAUCAUCAUCAACUAUCUGAGGAAAAUUAAGUACAAUGAAACGGGAGGUCAUGGUGUGCUACAGGAUUUCCUACGGAAUCUAGCAUUUGGUAAGGAAUCUACUCUGCCCUUAACACAGGAGGAGGAUUCUGGGAAGAAGAGGGAAUCCGGUGAGGAAUCAUCUGUCCAGCGAGGCCUUACAUUACUGUUCUGUGUGGCGGGACUGCAGGGGUCGUACUUAACAUGGGGUGUUCUUCAGGAGAAAAUUAUGACUUCAGAAUAUGGACGCACUGAAAGCUCUCAAGGAGAGUACUUCAAAAACUCCCAGUUUUUAGUAUUCAUCAACAGAAUAUUAGCUUUUCUCAUUGGCCUAGUGGUUUUACUUGUAAAGUCUCAACCCACACAUACAACACCAUUAUAUAAAUACUCAUUCAGCUCCUUCUCCAACAUAAUGAGCAGCUGGUGCCAAUAUGAAGCACUCAAAUUUGUUAGCUUUCCUACGCAAGUAAUGGCCAAAGCCUCCAAAGUCAUUCCUGUGAUGCUCAUGGGAAAAGUCGUGUCUCGGAAGAAAUACGACUACCACGAGUACUUUACUGCUGGACUGAUCUCGGUGGGAGUGAGUUUGUUUUUACUGACGAGCGGAGAUAUAACGCGACACAAAGGAAGUGUGACCACAGUAUCGGGAGUAAUACUGCUGAUGGGGUACAUGGUAUUUGAUAGCUUUACAUCAAACUGGCAGGGAGAACUUUUCAAACGUUAUAAAGUAUCCUCCAUACAAAUGAUGACUGGAGUGAAUCUUUUCUCUUGUCUCCUGACUGGAGUCUCCCUUAUAGAACAAGGGGGUUUCUUUGAGUCUGUAGCAUUCAUGACAAAACACCCAGAUUUUAUUUUCCAUGCUAUAAUUCUAAGUCUAUGUUCUGCAGGUGGCCAACUGUUCAUUUUUUACACAAUUGCUCAGUUUGGACCAGUAACUUUUACCAUCAUAAUGACCAUUAGACAGGGAUUGGCAAUUCUUCUGUCGUGUAUCAUAUAUGGGCACCCUGUGACUUUAGUGGGCAUUAUGGGCGUUCUUAUAGUAUUUCUCGCAUUGUUUUUACGUAUUUAUGCUAAUCAGAGGAAACGUGCCCUUCAGCAGAAAAGUCAACAAGCAAGUAACCUGUCCAAAGUUUGAUAAAAUGAUUAUGAACAAUAAGUUUGUUUUAUACUCACAUUUUUAAAAAUAAGUUUGGCUAUAUUGUUGGUAUCCCUGUCCGUCCGUGUAUCACACUCUCUCUUCAUUUAUCACAAUAUAUUUUUAGAGGUUGUCAAACAAAUUUUCUUUGCAUAUGACUGGCCUGGUCCUGUAGAUGUGAAAAAAGUUCUUGAAUAUUUGAUUUUGAUCCAAUGAGGGGCAUAAAGGGGAUAAUUAAAAGAGUUGACAUUGAAGUUGUCUUAAAGUUAUUGUGAUAAAGUGGUGUAUUUUUAAACAUGAUUAGUCAUGUCAUGAAGAUGUGCAAUAAUAUUUCAGAAUUUAGAUUUUUGCUGCAGGGGUUCAGAAGUGUUUUCCUAAUAAAAUUUUUAUCAUAAGAAAUCCUUUAACAUUAUGGGUUUUAAAAAUUUGAUUCCAUCAAUGAACAGUGAUUCUGCAGUAAGGAUUUUGGAUUCUGCUGCAACCUCAAUUUUCCAGAACAGUAAUCGAGAUAAAUUCUCUAAGCAAGUCUGUUCCAAUGUAACAAUUUCUAUCUUGAUCAAGCGUAAUUCAUGAUUUACAAUGUGGGUGAUUACAAUGUGGAUCACUGGAUGAUUACAAUGUGGAUGAUAACAAUGUGGAUCACUGGAUGAUUACAAUGUGGAUGCAUACAGCAGAUUCAGAUUCUGCUGGCAUUUUAUACUUUUGAGAGAGUGAUCAGAAAGAUAUUUUUUGGAGCAGAUCAAUUCCCAAGUUAUUAGAAAUCCUACCUCGGCAAGUAUUGAAUACAGUAUUGGGAUGCAUAUUGUCAAUUGUCCAUAUGCUCCUUGUAACCUACAUUUCAGGACAAGUAAUCAGGAAGAUUUACUUCAGCAGGUCUGCUUCCAAGUAACUUAAGAUCCUUUCUCGGCCAGUUGUGUACAAAUCUUGUCUCCCAAGAAGCUUACCAUAUUCAUUUUUCAAAUACUGCAUUUGACAGACUUUUUCAAGACAAAUGGACUGAAAUUUUGACAGUAUUAAAUUCCAUUCUCAAACAUACAUUGCUACAAAGAUACAUGAUGAUGCCAAUUAAGGUUGACCACAAUUAAGCAUGCUUCAAGUGCUGUGUUUGGCCUACAUAAGUGAAUGAUCAUGUUAAACCUGUUAGAGAAGGUCGUCCAAGUAUUAGAAUGACCAACAUUGUGGGAAUGGCAUUUCAUAGAACAUACACUUUAGUGCAGAUGCUGCACAUUGACUAAAACAUUAACAUGUACAAAUCUAAGAGGGAAAUGGGAGGGUAUUCCAAACCCUCCCUGGGAUUCUCAAGUUAUUUAAUUUACAUGUAUAUAAUGAAUUAACCCCCCAAAAAUAAUCUUGGGUCCCAGCUGUUGGAAUCAGACCCUUUUUAAGUUGGUGAGAAGAGUCAUUAGACAAAUGAAUACAUGUAUUAUUAGGGAAUUUUCUUUAAUUAAAUGCCUUAGCCUCAGAGUCAAAUAGCAGAGUGGGUAUAAACUGUCACUUGUAGUUUUAAUUUAUUAUGGUAGAUAUUUAUGUGAUAGGUAAUGUACCUGUGGUGCUCUGAUUUUGGUUGUAUUUUCUGUCAAGAAAUGACACACAAACAUAGAUCUUUCUUUUCUGAAUCUCAUUUUUUUUGUAAUACUCAUUCAUUUUUAGAACUUGUCUAGCAAUAUUGAAAGAAAUAUAAAAUUUUUGGGAUUGAGACUUCAAAUCAAUAACAAUUGAGACUUAGUAAUCUCCACCUUAAUUCUCUUAAAGGUCUCUUGUACAAAUUCAGAUUUCUAAAUGAAGCUUUACAUGUAAUUGUUAAUUAGAACUCAAUAGAUCCAUUUAUGUAACAGAAACAUGAAAACUUUUUUUUUUUUUUGCUAAACAGCAAGAAAAACAAGGAACAGUCCUCCUCAUGAUUAUAUAAUGCAUUGAAGGCUUUGAUCAGAAUUUGUAGCCUCCAAAUGUUUUUAUCUUUUUAUGGUUACUUUUCAACUUCUAUACAUUUUUUAAUGUGCAUGGAAAGGCUUAGUUUUAAAAAACACUUGGCUAGUUGAAACAUUUCAUGAAAAUGUUCGAACAAAGAAUUAUGUAUAGAUCUGUUAUAUUCUUUCAAAUAUUUUUUUUGUAUGCUGUGCAUACAUGGGUGUUAUAGCAAAAGGGUGCUUUUUUGUAGAAAAUACAUGAAUGGACAUGUAUAUAUUUGAACUGGGAAUUCUUAUAGAUAUUUAUAAUUACUGCUGUUAAACAAUAAUAAAUAGUUUUCCAGUGCA